AUGGAAGUUCAAUCACUUCGAGAACAAUUAAAAUCAAUGCAAAAAAAUUCUAUUGGUGAAGAAAAAUUUACUAAUGGUGGAGAAAAUAUUGGUGAUAAAAACUGCAUUGAUCAUGAAGAAUUUACUAGUGAAAAACAUAUUGCGGCUGGAUCAUUAACCAAUGGUGAAGAAAGCAUCGAUGAUGAACAAUUUACUGAUGGUGAACAAAAUAUCCGUCGUGAAAAACCGGUUUCUAUUAUUUUAAACACAUUGAAGCAAUUUGGUUUUUACAAUCUUGGAGGAUUGACUAUUGUUUGUUCAGAUGUUAUUCCUAAACAUGUUAUUCAAGAAUUUGUUAUUAGAAUAGCAUUACGACGAUGGGAAACUUUAAAAAAUGAAGUUGGUUAUGUAGAACAAUCUCGUCGUCUUACAUUGCAUCGUUCAACCGGUGAAUCAAAUGUUGAUAAUGAACAAAAUGAGAAUACAAAAUCAAGAAUAAUGAAACGUCAUGAUGCUACAUUUCAUAUAUCAAAACGCGUUGAACAAUUAAUAAAUGAUGUUGAAACAUUUUAUUCUGAAGCACUUGAAGAAGAUGAUCGAGCACGUACAAUGAAACGUUUACGUGUUCCACCAUUAGAAGAACAACAAUCACUAGCAGUUACAUUUCGUGUUGAAGUUUUUGUUGUUCCAGUCGCUAUUAAUGUUUAUGGUUGGUCAUCCUUUGGUGUUAACCAUGUAUUAAUAUUUGAAAUAGAUCCACAAAAUCAUUUAACUUAUGAACAAUUUUGA